GUUGGUGGUCCCUGGGUGGGUCAUACUAAGGGUGUCACCGCCAUUGCUGUCAACUCUGCUGGCACUAUGAUCGCCUCCGCAUCGCGUGACAAGCAUGUCCGCCUCUGGCAGCUCUCCGAUCGACGAACCAUCGCCAUAUUUGACCACUCCGACAGCGUGAACUGUGUCACGUUCUCUACGGAUAGCAGGCACGUCCUCAGUGGUGGUGGUGAUAAGAAGGUGUCAGAGUGGGAAGCAGAAGUACGCAGGGCACUUCUUGUUGCUGUGGAGAAAGCGUCUGGUUUCCCCACCGCCCUUGAAGCACACAAGGAUGCUGUCAAAAUGAGGGACUUCCUUGUCAACUCUCGUGGCUACCAACCUGAAAACAUCGUACUCAUGAUGCGUCAAAAGGACAUUUCCCCAAAACUUCAUCCCAGUAAAGCAAAUAUACUGCGUGAGAUUGACCUCAUAGUCCGCUGUACAUCACAACAUGACCGCUUAUUCUUCUAUUACAAUGGUCAUGGAGCUCUGGUUCCUUGCAGACACGCCACCGAAGACGACAGCCAAGAUAAAGCUAUACUCGCCUACACUGGGAAGCCCAUUAUUGAUAAUGUGUUGAAGAAGCGCCUCGUUAAUUCAUUACCUCAUGGCGCCAAGCUUUUCUCAUUAUGGGAUUGUUCCCACUCUCACACCAUGUUGAAUUUGGAGCAUAAUGAGUGCAACGAGUUAUGGCUCGCGCCCUUCAAAAUCCUGUCAGGUUUGGGAAGGAAAACCAAAAGCCCCGGCGAGGGGCUCAGAGCCAGCAUUUUGAGGGACAGCUCCAAUGUUCCGUCUUCAACAAACAAUGACUCUCAAACAAGAUUUGAGUCGUUGACAACUGACAACAUGGAUCUCGGCCCCAGAGUAUCUUCCCCUGAAACUUUCUUUCGUAGAUGCACUCUUCGCUGUCCUGUGACGAUCCCUGAGAAGCGGGACAGGGCCCACGUCGUUUCAUUGUCUGCAUGCAGGGAUAACGAGCUGGCAUAUGACGACAAUGCUACGGGGGAAACUGUCACGAAGUUCUUUAUUGCUUACCUCGAACGCGAUCCUGAAGCUUCAUAUCACGAUCUACUAUUCUACAUACAGCACAAGGUUGACGGGAUAACUCUGAAACGAACGCAGGUGAGAACACCCGACACGUGUAAUGGGUCACCAUGUCAAAAACUGAGGUCGAAAACAAAAAUAAGCUCCGUCUAAGUAGAGUCGACCACAUUGACGCCGAAAAUGACUCUCAGCGGCCUUCGGUGCGUUUGACGUGGCUUAGUGAAGUUCGCCACACCAAUAUUUUUUCCUGCAGUAUUCGAGCAGCUACCCCCUGGUGAGUAUAAAUUGUGGCUUGCGUGUUGAGCGGCAUGCAUAUGUGAUUCAGGAUAUGUUGCAGAUCGUUGAUU